CAAAUUCUUACUAUACUAAUCGUGUAGAUCAUACUUUUAUAUUAAAUAGCGACACAGACUUUGUAAACGCACCUUUACGAAUCCAGUAUAUACUAAAAUGGCAGGUCGAACCGCACUUGCAACGACUAAUACUAACCAUAGUAAGCAAAAAACACAAAACGGGCGACAUCCUCACAACCCACUUUUGGUGAAGCAUGUUGUAGGCAAAACACGCCAGACUGUUUACGAUCUUCCAGGCGAGGACCAUGUAUACGGCAAGCAAAUCGAACGUGAUUCUACGGAAAAAACAGGAGUCAUUGCGCAAAAUCAAAGCUCCAAAGCCACUAUUACAGCAAAGCACUCUGCUCCUGCUCUCGACUACAUUACCAUGAAUCGUAAUGCAGCUAAAAAAGGAAUCAUUUCACCUAAAUCUAUUCGUGAAUAUCGUGAAGAAAACCCAAUUCGCUGUGCAUCAGGGGACCAUUCACUGUAUAAUGGAAAAGCUAGUGGUCAGGAGCGUGGUUUACAGCGUACUCGAGGUCCGUUGCCCAGUGAUACCAAUGUCAAUUUUACUUAUGGAAAACCAACUCGUCCAUCUACCCCUGUUUCUUGUCUUAUGACUGACAGAUACCAGCGCGAGUGGCUUGACCAGCUCGAGAGCAAACAAAAGGAGCAAGAGAAAAUUAACAAGACCAAAACGGCCAAGAAACAGACUGCAAAGAUUGCAAUCUCAAGACAACGACCAGCUGCAAAAGCCAAAUUAAGCGACACUAGCAAUCUUAAUGAGCUGUUUAAAAUGUCCAAGUUCAAAAAAAUCGGACCCAAGGUUGUAUCUCAUCGACCUGAUAAUGACAAGGCAAUGGCUGGCAUUAUUGGAAAGGACAGGGCCAAGGUUUCUGCUGAAGAUCUAAGACAUCAUAAGAACAAAUCCUCCACUCAAAUAUGUUCCAAGGGAGUUGGCUUCAAGCCAAAAGUUAAAUUAGAAUCAUCGAAUGUGGCAGCCGCAGCUGAACCCUUAUCGGAACGACACAGUACUCAUGUUGAUUUUUCUAUCGAGGCUAGUGGGAAUGAUAAGGCCUGAAAUGUGACAUUUGCUUGAUUUCCUGGAUCAAGAUGCUUAUACCAAAGGCAAUAUACAAAGUAAUUGCUUCAAGCACAAGCAAUAUAAUAAAAACAA